GAAGAAUGCAAUGGCAACAGUAUAAAGAAUCGCGAACAUAGCGGACUCCGAUAAUCAGAUCAGGUGGUGUACUGGAUCCAUUUAUUGUUUCCAAAUAAUGGAUUGCAGGUUUGCCUUUCUUUAAAAUCGUUACAAAGAACUCGAUGAAUUUAAAAUGUUGCUAUACACACGCAUUGAACAUGGAAUGGAUGGGCGUCAAUUGGAAUUGAUUGGGGCUGAGAACAGCCAUGUUUUCUGUCCCUGAACGUGUCUGCAGUGGGGGUAUAGUUCUUGGUCUUUUCACAUUGAGAGGAUAUAUCUGUGAUAGAGAGACGGGCUGACUAUGGCUUUCUUGUGUCCAAGUCGAGUUGGUCGAGGAACGAAAGAAAAAAAGAGGAAAGUCACAUCGUCUGCCAUCUUCGGUAGGAUCACUGGAAGUGACAGCGUGGAUACCCUUGUCAGAGUCGGUCUGGAGAAACAGCAUGGGCUCCCUCCCAAUGCAAAAAUGGUUGUUCUGCAGGAUUUUACUCCUCAAGCCGACAGGGAAAUGGAAGUCAAGCGCGGGCAAGAAGUGUUUCACCUCUACAGAGAAAAUGAUUGCCUCUACAGAGAAAAUGAUUGGUGCUAUGUCAUCACUCUUGAUGGACGCGAAGGGUUUAUCCCGGAGUCCUUUUGUUUGGGAGUGUCUAACUCUCCCAGUUUACACUCCAAAAGUAAAUCCAAAGAUUCUCCAAGGAAUUCCGGAGAAUACAAAUCGUUCGAUACCUUUGACUCGGAUUCUUUCUUUUCAUGUACAGAGGAUUAUGUUAAUGACGUCACUGACGGUGUUAAAAGAUUAUCCACUCCUUUAAACCAGCUGAAUGUAGUUGACUACCAGAAUGUCACUGUGGCACCGGAAGUAAGACCAUUCCGGAAGACUUCUCAUGGACAUUUUAUUGUGUUGUUCGACUUUACGGCGCAGGACGAAAAUGAUAUAUCGGUGGAGCGAGCUGAACUUCUUGACGUUCUUAAUAUUGAAGAUCCGGACUGGUCCUGGGUACGCCGAGGAAACGGGGAGGAGGGAUUUGUACCCAAGUCCUACAUAUGCCCAGUGGAACCACUGAAGGCUCAAGAGAAAAUGUUAGCUCUGCAGAACAAACAGAAACGAACAAGCACUCCGACAAUCCGCCAACCUCUUCUAUCGAAUCUCUCACCAAGGCGGUACUCCCAGUCAAGAGAACCUCCGGUGGCUCCUCCACUUCGAAAUCCCCUUAGGACAUCGGCAAUCAGAAACCGUUAUAAUGAACUUGAUCAAGAAUCGAAUUACUCCGACACUCAAAAAGAACAGCAUCGGUCAACUUCGGCAUCCCGACAGAAUGGCGAUAAGUACUCGGUUCUGAGGUCCCCGCUUGUGAUGUCACAUCCGGUCAAAAGGUCAAAUUCUCCAUCAAGAGCCCCCAAUAGUGCAGAAACAAUCCAUCAAGGGGAUAAUUCCAUACAUUCUUCACCUCUGAUUGUUUAUGAUCAGCCAUAUUCUCAGAGAGUAACCAGUCGUUCUCCUUCUCCUAGGUCACAUGCGCACUCAGAAUUAACCAAUCAGAAAACGCAUCAUCGCACGCGAUCUGCCUCGCCGGCCUCUUCCGUUGGUUACGAGAAUGUGGGUUCAAGCUCCAUUUCUGGUACUGAAAUCGUUACCAAUAUCGGUGCAACAAAAAAGUCAUCUCUAUCUUUAUCAGAUCAAGACCUCUAUAAGAAACGAAAGCAAAGCGAUGACAGCAACAACAAAUACAGUUCUUACCAAAACUUGUCAUAUGGGGCUUACAGUCUUGUUCAGAAUGAAAGUCUGGGAAACGAUAUUAGUCACAUACAAAAUACCACAAUGAAUCGAGAGUCUGUUUCCCCGACACGGUCUUAUAACACUAAAACAGAAUUUGGACCGGUGUGCUCUUCAUCCAGCGCUAGAUACAUGUCUAAUGACAAUGCCCAAGCAUUCAACAGCCAUGGCUCCGAACUAGUGAUGAUGUACGAUUUCAAUGAUGAAAGUCGAGGAGGACUGAACGUUAAACGUGGAGAUCUGAUAUACGCCAACGGCGCGGAUCAACAAGGAACGGACUGGCUCUGGGUUUUUUACGCUCCUACCAGUCAGUAUGGAUAUGUUCCCAGGAAUUAUGUAAAAUCUACACAAUUAAAGACAGCUCUUUGAUGCUUAAUCCUUAUUAUAUCCAUGUAUGAAAAAUAUGAAUAUCACAAAUUAAAUUAUGCUUAUUUUUUAAUUUUA